AUGAAUUCUGAGAUUGAGAGGGCUUUCCUCAUGAGGGACCAGCUCGUGGUUGGCCACACACAGGACACCAACUCCUUCUUUAUGUGCCAGCGGCUGCGCGCUCUGGGCGUGCGGGUGGCCCGGGUGUCAGUGGUGCCUGACGAGGUGGACGCCAUUGCCAGUGAAGUGGCCACCUUUGCCUCCCGUUUCACCUACGUGCUGACCUCGGGGGGCAUUGGCCCCACACACGACGACGUCACCUUCGAGGCGGUGGCCAAGGCCUUCGGGGAGAGGGUGACCCCCCACCCCGAGCUGGUGGCCCUGGUGCACAAGUUCUUUGGCAAGACAGACGCACAGUGCCCCGAGAUGAAGUUGGCUCGUGUCCCUGAGUCCUCCCGCCUCAACUAUGGCACAGAUGGGCGCACGGGCAACACCUUCAAGUACCCGCUGGUGAGUGUCCGCAAUGUCUACAUCUUCCCUGGCAUCCCGGCGCUGCUGGAGCGCGCCCUGGAUGGGCUCGCCCACCUUUUCCGCAGCCACCAGACCCGCUUCCACUCCCGCACCAUCUACGUGGCGGCCGACGAGAUCCUCCUGGCACCGGUGCUGGACCAGACUGAUGCUGCCUUCCGGGGCCGCGUCAGUUUGGGUUCCUACCCAGACUGGGUGAACAACUACUACCGUGUGAAGCUGACAUUGGACUCGGAGUCAGAGCAGGAGCUGGAGGAAGCGUAUCGCUUCUUGAUGGAGAAGCUGCCGCCGGGUGUUAUCGUGCCAUUGGUGACCGACUGUGUCUCGCCAGCACCCACCGAGGUUUAUGGCCUGGCUGAGUCAGGCUCGGCCCUGGGGCAGAAGGUGGCAGCAGCUCUGCGAACCAUCGAGGAGGCUUUGGACCGGUACAGCCUGGCCCAGCUCUGCGUGGGUUUCAACGGGGGCAAAGACUGCACAGCCCUGCUGCACCUUGUCCAUGCCGCUGUGGAGAGGCGGUACCCAGCCAGGCGGGAGAAGCUGCAGGUGCUCUACAUCCGCCUCGUGUCGCCCUUCCCCGAAAUGGAGCAGUUCAUCCAGGCCACUGUCCAGAGGUACAUGGGGCAGUGCGGGGGGGCCCGGCCCCGCCUGAGGGAGCGGGAGCCGCAGCUGGAGGCCGUCCUGAUGGGCACGCGGCGGACGGACCCCUACUCCCGCACCCUGACCCCCAUGUGCCCGACAGACCCUGACUGGCCUCCAUACAUGCGGGUGAACCCCCUGCUGGACUGGACCUACCGGGAUAUCUGGGAAUUUCUGCGCAAGCCCUUUGUCCCCUACUGCAUCCUCUACGACAAGGGCUACACCUCUCUGGGGAGCACGGCCAACACGCAGAAGAACCCGGCGCUGCGCUACACCGAUGCCGGGGGCCGGGAGAGCUAUCGGCCUGCCUACGAGCUGGAAAACGAGGAAGAGGAGCGCACCUCCCGUCGGUGA